AUGCAGGCCUCUGCGUCUCAAGGGCGAGUUGUGCGUGCUAAUGUCGGUGCUCGUGUUGGCGGCGGCGCGCGCCACGCGGUGGUCCGCCGAUCCGCGCCACCAGGCUUGACGGCGCCACUCAUCCCUGGAUACGAUGACUACCUCGCAAUCCCCGACAUCAGGGACGUCCUGACUCCCAGGCCCAGCCCCUUUGCUGUCCACAACUACUUCGGCGGCGGCUUUGUUGACGACGGCGACAGGGUGGCGCUCAGCAGCAUCCAGUUUGCAUCGGGCACCUCGGCAGGCGCGUGCGGCACGUCAACCGCGGUGCUGAAUGACGAGGGCACGCAGCAGAGCGUGAACUGGAUGGAGGCGUCACUCGAGCAGCUGGUGACGCCGCUGCCACCCUGGGCCAUCCGCGCGGGCGCGCGCGCCACCAUCUUUCACGACCCCAAGCAAACGACGGCGGCCAUCGUAACAUGCGGCGGCCUCUGCCCCGGCCUCAACGACGUCGUCGCGGUGGGGUUUUACGACAAGGAGCACAAGCCCAUUGUUCUGACCAAGGAGAGCGUCGACGGCAUCCAGCUGCAGGGGGGCACCAUCCUGGGCACGUCGCGCGGCGGCGCCAACAUCAAGGAGAUUGUCAAGCGCAUCGACAUGUGGGGGGUGGACAUGCUGUUCGUGGUCGGGGGCAACGGCGGCAACGCCGGCGCCAACGCCAUCCAGCAGAAGUGUGCAGAGUCUGACGUGGCGUGCAACGUCAUCGGCAUCCCCAAGUCCAUCGACAAUGACAUCCUGCUGAUUGACAAGUGCUUCGGCUUCGACACCGCCGUGGAGGAGGCGCAGAGGGCGCUGCUGGCCGCACACGUGGAGGCGUCGUCCGCGCGCAACGGCAUUGGCCUGGUGAAGCUCAUGGGGCGGCAGUCGGGGUUCAUCGCCAUGCAGGCCUCCAUGGCUGCGGGCGUGGUUGACGCGGUUCUCAUCCCAGAAGUGCCCUUCAAGCUGGAGGGUCCUGGGGGGCUGCUGGCCUACCUGGGGGGAGUCCUGGAGAGCAAGGGACACGCGGUGGUCUGCCUGGCGGAGGGCGCGGGGCAGGACAUCUUGGACGACCACACCAACGGCGGCACCGACGCGUCGGGCAACCCCAUCCUGAAGGACAUCGGACACCCCAAGCCUCAUGUCUGA